AUAUUGGUUGCUGAGUAGGACCGAAGAGGAUUGGUCUUUCCCUGCCCCUCUUUCCACUCCGCAGGGUUUAUUAAAGGGAAAAGAAUCAAAUAACUCCCUCUGAGGCCACAAACACAAACUCGUGGCUCUUAUUCCUCUCCUUUGCUGACUUGUCCCCCCUUACCCUCCCACUCCCUUGUCAAGCCACGGCGAAGAAGCCAUUAAACGAACGAAGAAGAAGAACACGACGACCAAGAAGCGGGAACCAAACGCCACCCCCCAACGCACAAGACUGUUUCUUCUCAUAUGAAAGCCGAAAAGAGUGGAAGACAGAGAGAGCAAGAGAACAGAGAAACAAGGGAGAUGGCGGAGAGCCGAGACCCGGCGAUCAAGCUCUUCGGCAAGACGAUCCCUCUGCCGGCCGGCGGCGAGGCCCCCGCCGUCUCUGGCGAUGAUGAACGAGAAAAAGAUGACGCUAAGGGUAGUUCAGACAGAGAAGCUGCCCAUGAAUCCAAGGGCAAGGAUCAUGACUCUCCAAAUUCAGAAGGAAAAAGCGAGCCACCAAUAUCCUCCACAGGGAGCGAGACCCCGAAAAAUUCUUCUGAUCAAGAGACUAUACCUGCGAAGAAUUUGCAGCCCGAAGAACAAAAGAAUGAAGCAAAUACCUCCCAAGAGAAAACAACAAAGAAGCCCGACAAGAUACUUGCUUGUCCUCGGUGCAGCAGCCUAGACACCAAGUUCUGUUACUACAACAACUACAAUGUCAACCAGCCACGCCAUUUCUGCAGGCACUGUCAGAGAUACUGGACUGCCGGGGGAACCAUGAGGAACGUGCCCGUGGGAGCUGGUCGCCGCAAGAAUAAGAACUCCAUGUCCCAAUUUCGCCACAUAUCUCUCUCAGAUGCUUCUUUCCAGACUGCUAGACCUGAAGCUCCUGAGCCAGUCCAUCACACUCCACUAAAACCCAACGGUACUGUUCUUAGUUUCGGCUCCGAUACCCCUCUCUGUGAGUCUAUGGCCUCUGUAUUGAACCUUGCCGAGAAGACAAUGAAGAAUUGUAAUCGAAAUGGGUUCCAUCGACCAGAAGAGCAGAUGGUUCCGUUUCCUGCUGUAGAAAAUGGCGAUGAGCAGUCGACCGGAUCUUCAGUGACAGCUUCGAAUUCUACUGAUGAUGGAAGUGGUGCUAACAUCCGAGAGCCAGUUGUUCAAGGCUGUCGAGGAUUUCCAGCUCAAUUCCCGUAUAUUAAUGGAUCACCUUGGCCAUAUCUCUGGAGUCCAGUUCCUGCUUUCUGCCCCUCGAGCGUUCCUAUGCCAUUUCACCCUGCACCGGCUUAUUGGGGUUGCCCAGUCGCUGGCACCUGGAGCAUCCCAUGGCCCUUGCCUCUUGCUUCUUCAGACAAUGGCUCUUCAGGAUCUGGACCCAAUUCUCCAACCUUGGGCAAGCAUUCAAGGGAAGGAGAAAUGCUCGACCAGGCCAAUUCAGAGAAAGAAAGUAGACCUAAGCAGGGCAACCAGGAGAGAUGCCUCUGGAUUCCUAAAACAUUGAGGAUUGACAACCCUGAAGAAGCUGCAAAGAGCUCCAUAUGGGCAACCCUGGGUUUCAAAAAGGACAGUGCUGAUAGAAUUAGUGGAGCUGGGCUAUUCAAAGCCUUCCAGAAGAAGGCAGAGGUAAAGAAUCUUAUUGCGGAGACCUCCCAAGUCUUGCAUGCCAAUCCUGCAGCUUUGUCGCGGUCCCUCAACUUCCUGGAGAGCUCGUAGCAGAGAAGAAGGCCAUAGGGAGAUCUUUUGUACAUAUUACAAGGGACAUUUUAACUGAUUAGGUAAGUUGGCAAUCCUGAGAUUUUGCAGGUGAAAUCAUUGUGGUGCAGCCUUCUGAACUUGAGGAAGACAGUGAGAGUAGCUCUGGUUUUCCCAUCAGAAGCCAUUUAGAAGGAGUGAUGCAAAGAAGAAUCAGAUAGUUGUAGUUGUGCUAAAAUAAUUUCAACAAACUUAAUAUCGUCCCCUUUAUCCCCCUUCUUUUACCUCUAUGAACUGUCUCAUUUGCUUCCCUGUGUGAUAUUUUAUGCCAAUAACAAGUUUGCUGAUGCUAUCUUCUGCGUGUGUUUUCUUA